AAAAAAAAAAAAACGACUCCCCCCUCAUUGAAAUCCAGCCGUCCAUUAAACGCGUAAGAAACAAUCUGAACGGUUGAAGAACAUUCUAGAACUCAACACCACCUCUUCUUUAACUCCAUAUAUACUCCUUAUUCAAGCCGUUGCAAACCCCUCACAACUCUCUCUCAAACCCUAAUUUUACACACACAUUCGCUGAGAGAGAAUAUACACAAACAAUGGCCGGCAAAGGUGAAGGUCCUGCUAUCGGUAUCGAUCUCGGUACCACAUACUCAUGUGUCGGUGUAUGGCAACACGAUCGUGUUGAAAUCAUCGCUAAUGAUCAAGGUAACAGGACGACGCCGUCUUAUGUUGCGUUUACCGAUUCCGAGAGGUUGAUUGGUGAUGCUGCCAAGAAUCAGGUCGCCAUGAACCCUACCAACACUGUUUUUGAUGCUAAACGUCUUAUCGGAAGGAGAUUUUCCGACCCAUCUGUCCAAAGUGAUAUCAAGUUGUGGCCAUUCAAGGUCAUCUCAGGACCAGCUGAGAAGCCCAUGAUUUCUGUCAACUACAAAGGUGAGGAAAAAACCUUCGCUGCUGAAGAAAUCUCAUCCAUGGUUCUCAUCAAGAUGAAGGAAAUCGCCGAAGCUUUCCUCGGUACAACCGUCAAGAACGCUGUGGUCACAGUCCCUGCUUACUUUAACGACUCACAAAGGCAGGCUACAAAGGAUGCCGGUGUCAUCUCUGGCCUUAACGUCAUGCGUAUCAUCAACGAGCCCACAGCUGCUGCCAUUGCUUACGGUCUUGACAAGAAGGCCACAAGUGUUGGUGAGAAAAACGUUCUUAUCUUCGAUCUUGGUGGUGGUACUUUUGAUGUCUCUCUUUUGACCAUUGAGGAAGGUAUCUUUGAAGUUAAAGCCACAGCUGGUGACACCCAUCUUGGUGGUGAAGAUUUCGACAACAGAAUGGUUAACCACUUUGUUCAAGAAUUCAAGAGGAAGCACAAGAAGGAUAUUACCGGAAACCCAAGAGCCUUGAGAAGGUUGAGAACAUCUUGUGAAAGGGCAAAGAGAACCCUCUCAUCCACUGCUCAAACCACCAUCGAAAUCGACUCUUUGUACGAGGGUGUUGACUUUUACUCCACCAUCACCCGUGCUAGAUUCGAAGAGCUCAACAUGGAUCUGUUCAGAAAGUGUAUGGAGCCCGUUGAGAAGUGUUUGAGAGACGCCAAGAUGGACAAAAGCUCUAUCCACGAUGUCGUUCUUGUCGGUGGUUCCACUAGAAUCCCCAAGGUUCAACAAUUGCUCCAAGAUUUCUUUAACGGAAAAGAGCUUUGCAAGAGCAUCAACCCUGAUGAGGCCGUUGCCUACGGUGCCGCUGUCCAAGCUGCUAUUUUGAGCGGUGAGGGCAACGAGAAGGUUCAAGACUUGCUUCUUUUGGAUGUCACCCCACUAUCUCUUGGUCUUGAAACUGCUGGAGGUGUGAUGACUGUUCUCAUCCCAAGAAACACCACCAUCCCCACCAAGAAGGAGCAAGUGUUUUCUACCUACUCGGACAACCAGCCUGGUGUGUUGAUCCAAGUGUACGAGGGUGAAAGAACCAGAACCCGUGACAACAACUUGUUGGGCAAAUUUGAGCUCUCUGGAAUCCCGCCUGCUCCCCGUGGUGUCCCUCAGAUCACCGUCUGCUUCGACAUUGAUGCCAACGGUAUCUUGAACGUCUCAGCUGAAGACAAGACCACCGGACAGAAGAACAAGAUAACCAUCACAAACGACAAGGGCAGACUCUCAAAGGAGGAAAUCGAGAAGAUGGUUCAAGAAGCUGAGAAGUACAAGUCUGAGGAUGAGGAGCACAAAAAGAAGGUUGAGGCCAAGAACGCUUUGGAAAACUACGCUUACAACAUGAGGAACACCGUGAAGGAUGAGAAGAUUGGUGAGAAGCUAAGCCCCGGUGACAAGAAGAAGAUCGAGGAUGCUAUCGAUGAGGCGAUCGCAUGGUUGGACAGCAACCAGCUCGCCGAAGCUGAUGAGUUUGAAGACAAGAUGAAGGAGCUUGAGAACGUGUGCAACCCGAUCAUUGCCAAGAUGUACCAGGGUGGAGCUGGCGAUGCAGCGGGUGCUGGUGGUAUGGAUGAUGAGCCUGCUCAUUCGAGCGGCGGUGCUGGUCCCAAGAUUGAGGAAGUCGACUAAAUGCAACGGUGGUGUUGGUUUAUCUAUUUUAAUGUUUUAAUUUGUUUGAGCGAUGUGCUCAAAAGAUACUUUUAUGUUUUGAUACCUCUGUUUUUAUGGGGGUGAAUUUUGUUUUGGAUUCUAUGAAUUUCUCUUUUGUGUUUUUAGUAUGUGUUUUUUUAUGGUU